GGCAAAGGAAAAAAAAUCUUGGAACUAAACUCUUCUACAAACUGUAAUCUCAUUCUCAGAUCUAAACCUCAAUUAUUUAAAACCCUUAAUUAUUUUUCGUUCUCAACUGAUUAAAGAAUUAAUUCCAGUCUUUUAUAAUUUUAAUCCUUACAUUCUCUGCUUCUCUUUCUUUCUUCUCUCUGCUACAAAACCCUAAUUUCAACCAAAUUUCUCUUCAUCUUCUUCUUCUUGUUCACUCAGAUUUGAUUUAGAAGAAUAGAGAGAAAGAUGAAAGAUAAAUCAGUAAAGUCAGUAAGUCAUCAGCAUCAAGCACCUUUCAAUUUCGGUAAAUUGUUCGAUCCUGAAGCUUCCUGGGAUAAGGAUCAAUUGGGAGAUGUAUUACAUUGGAUAAGACAAGUUGUUGGUCUGAUAUGUGGAUUGUUAUGGGGUACCGUUCCUGUUGUUGGUGCCAUAUGGAUUGUUGUGUUCCUUGUGAUAUCUUCAGGGAUUGUAUACGCGUAUUAUUCUGUAAUACUAAAAGUCGAUGAAGAAGAAUUUGGGGGUCAUGGUGCUCUCUUGCAAGAAGGACUCUUUGCUUCAAUAACUCUUUUUCUGCUUGCUUGGAUUAUAGUAUACAGUUUGGCGCACUUCUGAUGGGGGCUUAGCUUAGCUUUAGUGAGAGAGUUGAAAUCCUCUUUUUUUCUACCUAGAUUUUUUUUUUAUAUAUUUUUUAACUUCCAUCGAGGAGCGUAUGAAUGAUAAUUGAUUUGCUCCAGCUGAAUACCCUUGUCAUGAGGGAGAAAAAUUAGAUUGUGUUGCAUAAUAGUCUUGUCAGCAAGCCGUGUUCAUUGUUUCCAUUGUAUUUCAUUGUCUGAUGCAAAAGAAAGAAAACUGGGUCACUUCUGUGCGCUCUGGCAUGUUUGAUGGGAUUCAUAGCUAAUUUUAAGGGUUGAUGCUUUGAGAUAA